CAAUUCUUCUCCAACAAAUCAAAACAAGAACAUAAAAAAAAAAUGGAUUUCAGAAGAACUCGGUCAGAAUUAGCCAGCCGCUCAAACCAACAGAGAAGAGCUACAGGGAUGAGGACUAAACCUUCUUUCAAGAAGGUGAUCAUGCAAGCUCUAGGAAUACAGUAUGUUGGCUUGGUGGUGAAACCCCUGGUCAGCAAUCUGUUGCAUGACGAGCUUGGGCGCAUUGUUCCACAUAUUAUCAAUCAAAUUGAGGUUGAUGUCAUGCAGAAGGUGCUUGGGGAGCUGCGGAACAUAAUACCUCAGGAUAUGGAUCAAACUGCUCUUGUCAUGCGUCAACAGAUGCGCGAGGAAAGACCGAUGGACGUACUUGCUCAAAUCAACGCCCAAACUAAUGGUAUUGUGGUUCAGCAGAUGGAACCUCUGAUUGCUCAUGCAGACCCCUUACUGAGAUCUCCCAGACUGCCUAUCAAAGAAGCUGGGCCAGCAGCACCAAAGCUGCAACUCUCCUUCCAAAAGAAGCUGCUCCAAUCAACCUUCUUCGCUGAGGAUCUUAUCAAAGAUGAGGAUCAUAACAAUCUCCAGGUUGCCCUUAGGCAAAUUGAAUCUGGACAAAUAUAUAGCCCGCCUCUUGAAUUCCCUGUUGAAGUAGAGAUAGUGGUUGUUGAUGGAGAGUUCCCCAGUGAUAGCAGUGGCGAGUGGAGUACUGAGGAAUUCAAUAGCAAAAUAUUGAAGGCACGGGAAGGAAAGAAGCCAUUGCUCUUAGGAGCCUACAAGGCCAGAUUGCAUGAAGGCAUUGCUUCUUUUGGAGGUAUCAAGCUCACUGAUAGUUCCACUUUGGCCAAAUCCGGCAAGUUUAAGUUAGGCGCCAAAGUUUCCCCUAGCAGCCAUGUCGGCUGGGAGAUCAAACCAGCAGUUACAGAAUGCUUUAAAGUUUUAGUUGAACGAAGCAAACAGCAUCAGAAAAGCUACCCCCCAUCUCUGGAUGAUAAGGUAUUCAAGCUGGAAAACAUUAGACUGAAUGGUGAAUUCAUGAAGAGACUGGCUGCUCGCAACAUUACCACUGUGAAAGAUUUCCUCAAGCUCGCAGUUGUUGAUCAGGAGCACCUUCAAAAGAUUACAAAUAUGCCGAGGAGAAUGUUGAAUGAAACUGUCGAGCAUGCAAAAACCUGCAACAGGGGAGAGGUUCUCUACAUGUAUAGCAGGGAGCCUUUUGAUCUCAUCUUGAACUCUAUUUGUGAAGUCCAAAGUGUCAACGGCAAGCCUUACAAACACCUUACACCGUCGGAACAGGAGUGUGUGAAGGAGUGGGUAUUGGAGGCAUACAACAAGGGGGACAAUUUGGAGAGAUUUUACGGUAAUUCUCUGAGAGGAGGUGAAUUAGGACCUUCCCUUGUGUCUCAUAACAUGAUCUUGACUGGUACUGGACCUCAUACAAAUGGGCUAGAACAGCUUCCUCCAUCUCACAUGGACAAUGCACGAGAAAAUUCGAAUCCCUUCCAUGGAAGGAGUGAAGCAUCAUCUAGCAGAAUCAUUGGAGUACAACAAAAUGGUAAUUCUCUGAGUGGAGGUGAAUUAAGACCUUCCCUUGUGUCUCAGAACAUGAUCUUGACUGGUACUGGACCUCAUACAAAUGGGCUAGAACAACUUCCUCCAUCUCACAUAGUGAGGACAAUGCUAUUCAACACGCAAAGUAUUGAUACUUUUAUGGAAUUCUUAUCUGAUAUGGUGCCCCAAUGUGUGCAGGACAAUGCACGAGAAAAUUCGAAUCCCUUCCAUGGAAGGAGUGGAGCAUCAUCCAACAGAAUCAUUGGAGUACAACAAAAUGGUAAUUCUCUGAGUGGAGGUGAAUUAAGACCUUCCCUUGUGUCUCAGAACAUGAUCUUGGCUGGUACUGGACUUCAUACAAAUGGGCUAGAACAGCUUCCUCCAUCUCACAUAGACAAUGCACGAGAAAAUUCGAAUCCCUUCCAUGGAAGGAGUGGCGCAUCAUCCAGCAGAAUCAUUGGAGUACAACAAAAUGGUAAUUCUCUGAGAGGAGGUGAAUUAGGGCCUUCCCAUGUGUCUCAGAACAUGAUCUUGGCUGGCACUGGACCUCAUACAAAUGGGCUAGAACAACUUCCUCCAUCACACAUAGACAAUGCACGAGAAAAUUGGAAUCCCUUAGAUGGAAGCAGUGGAGCAUCAUCUAGCGGAAUCAUUAGAGUACAACAAAAUGGUAAUUGUCUGAGUGGAGGUGAAUUAGGACCUUCCCUUGUGUCUCAGAACAUAAUCUUGACUGGUACUGGACCUCAUACAAAUGGGCUAGAACAGUUUCCUCCAUCUCACAUAGACAAUGCACGAGAAAAUUGGAAUCCCUUAGAUGGAAGCAGUGGAGCAUUAUCUAGCGGAAUCAUUAGAGUACAACAAAAUGAUAAUUCUCCGAAUGGAGGUGAAUUAAGACCUUCCCCUAUGUCUCAGAACAUGAUCUUGACUGGUAUUGGACCUCAUACAAAUGGGCUAGAACAACUUCCUCCAUCUCACACAGUGAGGACAAUGUUAUUCAACACACAUAGUAUUGAUACUUUUAUGGAAUUCUUGUCUGAUAUGGUGCCCCAAUGUGUGUUGGACAAUGCACGAGAAAAUUGGAAUCCCUUAGAUGGAAGCAGUGGAGCAUCAUCCAGCAGAAUCAUUGGAGUACAACAAAAUGGUAAUUCUCCGAGUGGAGGUGAAUUAGGACCUUCCCCUGUGUCUCAAAACAUGAUCGUGACUGGUACUGGACCUCAUACAAAUGGGCUAGAACAACUUCCUCCAUCUCACAUAGACAACGCACAACAAAUUUCGAAUCCCUUCCAUGGAAGCAGUGGAACAUCAUCCAGCGGAAUCAUUCAAGUACAACAAAAUGGAAUGCAAUGCGUUCAACGGUAGUCCAUCUACUACUGUAGGCAUAACUAAAAGAGUAUGUUACCUAGCAGCACAUUCUCUUUGUUUCAUUUGAUGGAAAAAAAGAGAGGAAAGAAGACUGGGCAAAUAAACCAUAUAUGCAUUUCACAAGUGAAAAUGGAUAGGACUGUGCCCUGGUUUCAUUCUUUUUUUCUCUUUUACUAAAAUAUCUUCUUGUUUCAUUUUUUUUUACUAUAAAGACACAUAAAUAUAUUUUUCUUAUUAUACCCUUCCAUUUCAA